CUCCAUCGUGCUCAUCAUCAACUCGGGGUAGCCCAUCUGCGUGGCUAUAUCCGCCUUGCACCAAGCACUUGUAGCCUUUUAAACUGGCAAGGCGCCGACAACCCCCCAUCCAGAAACCACAAUCACUCCCAACCUUCCGCGCACAACUUUCGACGCGUGCCAAACCCAACCCGAAACAUAGCACCUCGACAUUACAUUCGUCCCCACCACCACCACCAACAACACCAUGCCCUCUCGCCAGUCCGACAUGGCGCAGCAGGGCUUCAAGGUCAACUCGGUCAAGGCGGCCAACGGCGAGACGGUGCACGUGAACGACCACGUCUACAUCUCCCUCCCUUGGUCUGACCGUGACGGCACCCCAUACAACAUUGCGCGGAUACUCGAGUUCGUGCCCCCCGCCAACAAGGACCACCGGAAGGCGGCCCGCGGACACGCCAACGAGCUCCAUGUCCGCCUGGCAAUCUACUACAGGCCCAGCGAUGUCGUUGGCCGCAACGUCUCCGACUUCCGGCUCUUAUACGCCGCGAUCCAUACCAUGAUCGAACCCGUCAGCGUCAUCCGUGGGCGCUGCUACGUGCGGCACAAGGACAAGAUCGACGACCUGAUCAAGUGGAAGCAUACCCCGGACCACUUCUACUUUAACAAGUUCUACGACCCCUACAUCAAGCGCGAGUACGAGGUGCUGCGCACGGCCGCAGUGAACAACAUCCCGCCAAAUGUCAAGGAGGUGCUCCUCCAACGCUACGAGUACCUCUUGUGCGAGAAGGAGAUGGUGUCCGACCUCCUGGAUGCAUACCGCAGCUGUGCGGUCUGUAACCAGUGGGCCUCUAGCCAGACGAGUGUGCGGUGCGAACUCUGCAAGCAGUUCUACCACAUGCAGUGCCUCACGCCACCGCUGUCAGCCAAGCCAGCAAAAGGCUACUCUUGGGGUUGCCAGGCAUGCACGGUGCAGAGGAGGAAGGAUGUAGAGUCUGAAAAGUACCGCUUCGUCAGCAACGGUGGCUCUGCCCCACCACGCGGCGGAAAGGUCGCAGCGGCUGCCAAGGCUGCGGCGAGGAAGGAGCGGCUCGCAAGCAACGACCAACCCGACGUCAUGUUCCGUUUCUGGCCAUGGCGAUACUUUGGUCUGUACACAAGAGCAGAGGACACGCUCAGUGCCGAAGACCUCAUCUUCCCCCGCGCAGUCACACGUGUCGGGACAAAGUACCAGGCCAAUGUGCUCUCAUGGGAAGAGCAGCAGGAGGCCGAGGCGCGCCACGAUGCGCAGGUCGAUCAGGCGGGGCCAUCAAGACUGAGCCUGGAACGAGGCUACGACCCAGGAGAGAAGAAGCACGAGUCGACGCUCGAGGUGUGGUGCACGCCAAGUGAUGAACUCGACGCCUUUAUGGACGAGGUCCGCAAACUCAAGCACCUGCCCGUACCAUCAUACGACGUCAGGCUGCUGAACAGGGCUGCCUUGCUGUUUACCACUGUUGGCCGAGACAAGGCCCUGCAGGCUGUCAAGUCUCUAAAGUAUGCCGACUUCGACCCUAUUAUUUGGGAGGAUGAAGAAAUCGCAGUCUUUGAGGAGCAACUGGAGAGGAAUGGCGGUCUCGACGCCUGGGCGACCAGCAAGGCGCUCGGCAAGACACCAGCUGAGGUGCUCAAAUUCUCGUACAUGUGGAAGAACAAGAAGCUCAAGACGGAGAACGAACUCAUCCGCCAGCACCGUAAAGUACACGCGGUCCACGCGAGGAACAACAGCAAGACGCUCGGAGCACCUUCACUGGGCAAGAUUCGCUCACGCGCCGAGUCUGAAGCAUCCGACGACGCCGUUUCGCUCUAUGGCGCAGCGUACGUCAGCACCAACAAGAUGCAAUGCGCGACAUGCUCGACGCGAAUGUCGAAUGUGUGGUGGCGCUGCCCGCGCUCUGUGCAGGGCACGGCGAUGUGCGAGGCAUGCGGCUCCAACUACAGGAAGUACGGCGUCAUCACGUUUACCAAGGCCGAGGAUGCCAAGAUUAUCCCCAAGAAGGAGCCCAGAGGCACCAAGCGCAAGGCGGGAGACACUGCAAGUGGCGCUUCGACACCGGUGCCCACAGGUCCGCCGAAACUCCCCCCAUGUUCCUCGUGCAAGAAGAUGGAGCCCAAGGCUGCCAUGGCGCGCUGCAAGACUUGCACGUACUCUGUCCACUCUACAUGCUACGGCAUCCCCCCAGAGGCCAUGGGCCCGAACUGGGAGUGCGAGCUGUGUGCCAACGUCCGCACAGAGGAGACCAACCUCGAGCCACGCUGCGUCCUGUGCCCGAAGGACACGUCGCUCCUCGUCGCCAAGACGAAGAGCAAGAAGCCACCAGCCGACUUUGACUUGCUCGCGGCACUCAAGCCGACGGAGGGAUGCCGCUGGGCACACGUCCUCUGCGCGACAUGUAUCCCCGAGGUGCGGUUCUCCAGCAGCGUGACGUUCAAGAACGUCGAGGGGAUCAGCGCGGUCUCAGACGAAAAGUGGCACUCUGUGUGCAACCUCUGCGCGCAGACGGAUGGCGCGACUAUGCCGUGCUCUGACUGCGGGCUAGAGUACCACCCCUCGUGCGCGUACCAGGCGGGUCACCGCAUCGGUUUCGAGUUCAGCCUCGUCAAGCCCGGCCGCCGUGACGCGGUCCCCAUCGCCAAGUUCAAGGACGCGGCGGGUGUCAUGACCCCCGGGAUCUGGUGCAAGGGGCACGACUUGGACGGCCGGGGCAUUGUCGACCUUUUCGAGAUGGACCCCGAACAGAACGAGAACGCGCUCCAGAUCUACACGGGCCUGUACAAGACCAUCGCAGCAGGCGAUGCGUUCCCGCUCCUUCGCAAGGCACGCCGCCUGGACCGUUUUGAGCCCGAGCCAACGCCGGUGCUGGCCGCAUACACAUGCUCCAGCUGCUCGAUCGACGUCUCGCCACGCUGGCACGCGGACGCCACGGGCGUCAAGUGCCACCAGUGCUACUUUGCCUCGAUGCCCGUUACUGCAUAGUUAGCGUAAAUGACUGUUGUACUGUAUGCACUCGCUUGACUAGUAGGAGAGUAAAAA